AUGGAAGGAAGCAAAUCGUUUAGCAUUGACGCUCUUCUGUCUAAAGGUACCCGACCCAAACCACCCAGCCCAGCCAGAGUUCCCUCCCCCAGGAAUCACUCUCCCAGACCUUCGUCCUCCGGAUCCAGCCAUGUUGGGACCCACAGCCCGGCGUCGAGCGUGUCACCCCCGGGCCACAUCAACGGACUUUCUCCCAACAUGAGUUUCGUCCCGAGACCCGGGCUCCUGAACGUCCAGCACCCCGCCAUGAUGCAUACAACUCUGGGACUGUCCGGUUUGUUUCCGGGACACCCCAUCUACAGCUACCAGGGCCAGGCUGCCGGCCACCCGAUGAUGCCGAUGUUGGCGGGAAGCGCGUUCCACUCUCCCGCGGAGCAGGCAUUCAAAUUGGCGCAGCUUCAGGGGGUGAAUUACGCCGAGUGGUUAGCGCGCUCGGGGAUGUAUCUACCCAGAGUGAUGGAAUACCCAGGUAGCUGUGGGAGUCCAGCAGGUGCACUGGGGAAAACGAGGCGACCGAGAACAGCGUUCACCUCACAACAGCUGCUGGAGUUGGAGCGGCAGUUCAAGAUGAACAAAUAUCUGUCGAGACCCAAGAGGUUCGAAGUCGCCACGUCGCUCAUGCUCACGGAAACACAGGUGAAGAUAUGGUUUCAAAAUAGACGAAUGAAAUGGAAGAGAAGCAAAAAGGCUUCGUUGGAGCCGAAACCAAAAGACGGAGAGAGUUCAUGCGUUAUCGGAACGACCAGAGACAAAAACGAAAACGUGUGCAAGAAAUCGGCGGAACCGGCGGAGAACUUUAGUUUCGAUUCGGCCGACGAAGAAGUUAAUUCUGAAAAUAUCGACGUCACGGCGUUAGAUCUAAACGAAACCGAAAAGGCUAAAUCCGACCACCGAGAAGGUCAUUUGGUGACUAUAUCUCACAAUUCACCAGACGCAGACGUUGUACAAGGUGGUGUCCAGUUGCAUUCGUCUGGACAUUGCAAUAUUGCUCAGGCGGCGCAUGCGUGA